ACCUCGGAGGGCUUGUCCCCAACCUUGAAGGGACUGCAGGAGGAGGAGGCGGUAGAGACGGAGGAUGAGGAGACCGAGGACAACACCGUGCUUAGUCUCAGUGUCACCUCAUUCACCCUGCUCUUAACUGUUGCCCCCUGCGGCACUGCCACCUCUAAGGAUACCUGGGAGCUGGCGAAUCGUCCACACGAGGCCGACUUUCUGCGACUCUCGGCCUCCAGUCUUCUCCUGGACCUGGUUUCACAUUCACGUACUGUCCUGCACGGUGGCAACUGGAUGACUCUGGAUGGAAGGCUGGGUGAAGUGAUGGUGGAAGAUCUCUCGCCAUCAGGCCGACUCUACCCCCAGCGAUUUGUAACUGCGCCCUCCAGCUGGCAAGAAUCUGCCACUACGGCGACUCCAGCUAGCCAAACUUGCAACUCAUCUGCCCCGCAAAACUGCCUGCUAACUUUCAGCCUGAAACGACACACCCUGCCGGAUCCACAGCUCACUAGGCGUGAGGAGGAGGCCAUCCUGUCUGUGCGUCUGGCACCAGCCUACUACGUGCACACUCAGGCCUUCCUGACAACUGUUACGGAUACCCUGGAGCGUUUUCUACAAUAUCAGGAUCUCAUGAAUCGUGUCAGUGCCAGUUCAAAGGGUCUCAAGGUUCGUACCACUAACUCGCGCAUUUUGUUUCCUCUCUCGAAUAACCCUUAUAUGCGAACAUGA